AUGACUCAUGUUGGGUUUAGGCGGCCGCCACCCCAGGACGUGAACGCGUUCGGCUUUGACACAGGCACCCGCCAGCUCACGCCGCUGCUGUGGUUCUGCGCCCGGCGCACGAAAUCGCGGCAGCCCAAGUGUCAGGUGGAGGUGGCAGAGAAGAUCUUGGGCCGCUUUCCGAUGGAGUCCAGCACGUGGGAGUACAAGGACGCUCGGGGCAACACCUUGCUGCACCAUCUCCUGCAGCCUCGGCCGGCGGGCGCACCAGCCCGCCCCGGCGCCCUAGCUCCGCCGCUGCCGAGCGACGCGGCGCUGGCGCGGCACGUGGCGCGGCGCCUGAGCUUGGCGCAGCUCUGCCACCGCAACGGGGCCAACCUCUGCGCGCUGUCCCUCGCGGAGAAGUGGGCAGAAAAGGAGGCGGUCUUCGAAGAGCUCCGGGACGAGAUUCAGGAGCUGAUGCUGCAGCGCUGCCGCAGCUUCCACGGCGCCCUGCUGCAGCUCGGGGAGCUGCUGGGCGCUUUGCGCCAGGGGCACUUUGCGGCGAGGGCCUGCGCGAUGCCCAGCGAGCGCCUGGAGGAUUUGAUAGAGCAAGUCGAGACCGCGAUGUUCAAGCUGGCGGUGGCACCUCGGAAGUAUGACUACCUCUUCAAGCUCUUGCUCAUCGGUGACUCGGGGGUGGGCAAGAGUUGCCUUCUGCUCCGAUUCGCGGAUGACACCUACACGGAGAGCUACAUCAGCACCAUUGGGGUGGACUUUAAGCUCCGCACUCUGGAACAGGACUCCAGGACCACGAAGCUGCAGAUCUGGGACACGGCUGGCCAGGAGCGGUUCCGCACCAUCACCAGCUCCUACUACCGGGGCGCCCACGGCAUCGUCGUGGUCUACGACGUCACCGACAAGGAGUCCUUCAACAACGUGAAGCACUGGGUCCAGGAGAUCGACAAGUACGCCGCCGAGGGGGUGACUAAGCUCUUGGUGGGCAACAAGUGCGACUUGUCCUCCAAGAAGGUCGUGUCCUACGACGAGGCGAAAGAGCUGGCGGACUCGCUGGGCAUCGAAUUCAUGGAGACCAGCGCCAAGAACGCCCACAACGUGGCUUUGGUGGAGCAGGCCUUCCAGAGCAUGGCUCGGGACAUCAAGCUGCGAGUGGCCUCGCUGCCCACUAAUAGGGCCAGAGGUGGUGGAGGCGGCGGCACCACACUGGGCGCGGGACGCCCAGCGCAGGGCGGGUGCUGCAAGUGA